AUGUUACUUCGGUUCAACUCUUCCACAAAGAAGGAGGUGUUUGACUUUGAAGAUGUUGGGUUUCUCGAGUCGAUAAUCCAGGAAAAAGAUAGAGACACCAAACAAGUGGAAGAUACUUCAUUUGCUUCUAUUUUAGAACAGCAAAACAAACUAUUGCAUGAGAAAACGAGAACGCCAGAGCUUCCGGAUGAUCGAGAAGUCACUGAGACUUUGAACCAGUUUUUGAAUCUGACUUUUGAAGUUGAUGAGCCAACCAAAAGCUUUGACGAGUUGCUUCAAGAAGUCGGGAACAAUAACAGCGGCCAUCAGUCGUCCAUGAAGAGUGAAGAACCCGAAAGUGCAACAGAAAUUGAGAGGAAGUCACAGAUCAUCGAGACAGAAGCUCAAGUGUUCAGGAAUGUCUUUGACAUGUAUAUGAAAAAGGACAAAGAAGCCGACGUAAAUGAGCAUCUUCUCAAGGACAAAACCGAUACCUUCAAACUGGUGAGAACUUCUAUCAACAACAUUCUAGAUUCCAACGGGUUAAUAAGUGCAUCACCCUUGAGAUCCUUUGAUGAAAUGGUUCUUUCCAAAGCUCUGAGUGCUUUAAAACCGACGUUCCAGUACAUACAACAAGACUUGGAUACCAAGACUGAGAUAGUGGCUUUCUUCAAGAACAUUCUAGAACGGUUCAUUCAACUUGCACGCGAAGCCAAAGAGGACGACCCGGUAAAAAUGGAAGAAAUAUACCUAAGAUCAACCUUGGCAAGAGAUAGAGACAGUGAAGAAUUGUUCAACAAGAUAGCAGAAACCUCAGCUUCAACACCCGCACACCCCACAUUGAAUGUUGCCACUUUACCCUUAAUCUUCAACCAUGUGUUGCAUGUCUUGAUCUUCAAGUUCGCCGACGGAGCACUUCCUAUCACGUUGUACAACUUCCUGCAACAGAACCUUUCGCUACACACGGUGAUGUGCAAUCAACAGACUUUCAACCACAUCCUAAGAGCUACUUGGAUCUAUAGAGGCAAGACCCUGGUUCAAGAUAUCACCACUGUGUAUCUGGAGAUGAUCAACAACGGGUUUAAAGGUGACAUUGUGACUUUCAAUAUCGUCAAGCAAAUAGUAAUUGACUAUUAUCGCUUGAAAGUAGGACAGUACCCUGGCAUUAACGAUGAAUCUCGUUUACCUAUGUGGUCUGGAGAAGACGAUAAACAUGUUCAGCGAUUACGCCGUCAUUUGGGGUACCUUUCCAACCGCCUUCGUCAUACUUAA